GCGGCGAGUAGCCACUCCGCCUUCUCGCGAUCGCAGCUUCGCAGCUCCGGCCUCGGCUUCAUCUUCAUUUCCUGCAAUCUCACAAGCGAGGCACCGUAUCGCGGAUAUUUAACUCCCUGGUGUUCUAGCGUUUGCUUCAUCUGCAAAAUGUCGAGUAAUAGAAACUAUGACUUUCUAAUCAAGUUGCUCCUGAUUGGCGACUCGGGCGUGGGCAAGUCCUGCUGCCUGCUGCGGUUCAGCGAGGACUCGUUCACGCCGUCGUUUAUCACGACGAUUGGCAUCGACUUCAAGAUCAGGACCAUCGAGCUCGACGGAAAGCGGUGUAAGCUACAGAUCUGGGAUACAGCCGGCCAGGAACGCUUCCGCACCAUCACGACUGCGUACUAUAGAGGCGCCAUGGGCAUAUUAUUGGUAUACGACGUUACGGAUGAGCGAUCGUUCAACAAUAUACGCACCUGGUUCGCCAACGUGGAGCAGCACGCCACCGAGGGCGUGAACAAGAUCCUGAUCGGCAACAAGUGCGACUGGGAGGACAAGCGGGCGGUGUCGACGGAGCGUGGCCAGGCGCUGGCCGACGAGCUCGGCAUCCCCUUCCUCGAGGUCUCGGCCAAGAGCAACAUCAACAUCGACAAGGCCUUCUACAGCCUCGCCGCCGACAUCAAGAAGCGCAUCGUCCAGACUUCCAAGAACGAGCAGGCAUCGACAGUCAACGUCGGCGAGCAGAGCGGGUCGGGAGGAGUGAAGUGCUGUUAUGGUUAAAGGGGGUGGCCCCUGCGAAGGAUUCCGAGGUGGAGAGAGGAUUUGAUUUGACGGAGAAACGAAACCGUGACGGACGGCAGUGACUUUUGCGGGAAAUGGACGGCAUCUG